AUGAUGAAGUUUGUUACAUUGGCUUUGGUAGCUGCUCUGACUUCUGGCAUCUAUGUAUCAGCCGCGGAGCUAGACUUGAGCAAAUUGGGGUUUGUCCUAUACGGAAAACAUGGUGAUGGCGCUGCUACCACAGUAACAAGUGGUAAAUGCCCACUCGGCGAGCUUCCUGAUACCGUUUUCCUUCACAAAACAUUCAAGAAGGGAGACAAUUUCUUCACUUGGGUCAGACCAGUUCAUGCUAAGGUAACUAAAGUUGUAUCUAAAGACCAUUUGGUCUGGGAAGGAGCCGCAGAUGAAUUCCUUUUGGACUUACACUUUGUAGGUAGCAAGAAUAGCAAGAAGUUUGUACACUUGGAGCUCCUACACAGAUUGGGAGGUGCAGUCCACGUGUUCCUUGCCUUCGCUGCAGGAGCAAAUCCAGGUGCAGGAAAGGUUGUUGGUAUGGCUGCUUUUGUAGCCGCCCUCCACGAGUUAGUACCAGGUCUUCACGAGGUUGAAGGGCUCCCAGCUCAUCAUCUCGUGCACGCACUCAAACUGCACGCAGCUGCCUAAACCAAAGCAUGUUUAGGAGCUAAGAUUUAAAGUUUAGUUUAAUCGUUAGGUAUUAAACAAUCAGGACUUUUG